AUGGAUUCCAUUACGAGUCAUCGCUUGGGUGCCCUGAUCCUUGCGAGUAUCCCUAUAUUUUUCGGAAUAACAUCUGCUACUUCUACUUCAUCUGAAGCCACUACGGUAGCUUCGCUAUCGACAACAACCGGACUACCUACCACUGCUGCCUACUUUGUGGAUGGUACUACCGCCAGAUUUUCCCGCACGACACUCACGGCCACCGGCACAGAUGAGGGGGUGAUUAUUGUGAAAGAAACUGGCGUCGCAUAUGUUUCUGAUUCCACGUUGAUCAAAACUGGAAACACAACGGUUGAAGACGAUAGCUCCUUCACAGACUUGAAUGCGGCUGUUGGAGUAGAGACAAAUGGAACUAUAUUCAUCACCAACAGCAAAAUCAUCACCGACGGAGUCGGCGCCAAUGGACUUCAUACCUAUGAGGAUGGAUCAAUAGCCCAUCUUUCAAACGUGGAGAUCCACGCCAAAGGAGACUUUUCUCACGGAGUUUACACGGGCGGGGGAACCAUUUACGGAAAUGACCUCAUGAUCAAUACGUAUGAUGCCCAUGGGAGUGCAAUUGCUACCGAUCAAGGCGGAGGUUUAAUCGAAGUCAAGAACGCCGUUGCCAAUACAUAUGGAGCCUUGUCCGCCCUCGUCUACUCAACGGGCAACAUUACCACAUCCUUUCUAUCCGGUGUAUCUGCAAUUGCCCCUGUUGCUUGUAUCGAUGGUUCGAAUUCCUUCUCUCUGAAUAAUCCGUCUGUUACAUCUGGCACUCAAAACAAUGGGGUAUUCCAGGUUGUGAGCACUGUCGCGACCAACGGCACUGUGGAUACGGCCUAUGCAUAUGUUACAGGCGGCUCAGUUGUGGAGACAAAUGGAACUUACGGUGUUUUGUUCGUCGCAAAUAUCCAAGCAAAUGUCUACUUCACGGCAGUAGAUAUCAAAGCCAAAUCUGGCAUAUUAGCGAAUAUCACUGCAGAUGACCAAUUCGGAACGGCAGGGGUCAAUGGAGGAACUGUGAAUUUGUUUCUCACCGACUUAAGUAUCUCUGGUGAUAUCUAUGUUGAUGAUAUAAGUGAGGCUAAUGUUUAUUUGACUCGGUCACAUUGGAAUGGUGCUGUCAACACUUUGAACACUACAGGAACUGUUUCUGUUCAUGUGGAUGCUGCUAGUACAUGGAAUUUGACUGGUGACUCUCACGUUGGGACAAUUGGCAUGCGGGAUGGUUCAAGCGUUCGUCGAGGCCAGUACGAUCUUACUUACAAUCAUAAGGCCAGAGGCUAA